AUGGCAUCUACACAUGAUUUUACUUUCUCUAUGACUAUACCGAUGAGCCAAUCGAAGAUCUGCAAUACAAUAAAUAUCGAUAUUAAAAACUUACCAUGUGCGAGCAAUGACUCUUCGAAAUUAGCCUAUUCGUAUUCAACUGUCGACAAAAUUCUUCAAUGUUCUAUAUGUCUCAAUCGUUUGUACGAUCCACGUACAUUACCAUGUCAACAUGCAUAUUGUUACACGUGUCUGAAUAAACGUGUAGCAACGAAUAGGUCUCGCCCGAAAUUAAAUUGUCCUAUAUGUGGUUAUAAGUCUUCAUACAGAAGUUCCGAUCAGUGUCCUAAAUCUCUUAUUCAUAAUCAACUUCUUGAUUUAAUUCCACUGAAUUAUGAUGUUAAUGGAAAAUGUUAUAAAUGUCAAGAAAAAGAUGUUUUAAAUUUAUGCCCAUGUUGUGAUUAUUAUUUAUGUAGAAUGUGUCGAGACAACGAUCUUAGGCUAAUAUUAAAUAAUCUUCACAAUAUAUUUAAUGCAUGCUAUAAUAAUCGUGAUCAUAUACAAUCGAUAACUUCAAUAAACAUAGACACUUUAUUAGUUAAAGCUGAUUUAUUGUUAAAGAGCCCACAAACAAAAGAAUUUAAGGACAUUUUAUCUCUAUUUUAUGAUUUAAAUUAUUUCUAUCAACAAACAAAUACUUUGCCAGUAACAGUAGCGAGACAAACAAUUGAAGAUUCAAUAAAAAUAGAUCCUUUAUCUAUGGAAUCAGCAAAUUAUUUCAAUCAACAAGAACAAAUUAAUGAUGAUAAUGAUGAUGAUGAUAUUAUUUAUAUUAAAACAAAAGAUGAAUUGCUUCAUAGCCAAAAUCAAGGAGCUAAAGAAAAAAGACCAUUUCUACGAAAACGUCAAGGUCUUGCACAUUUUCAAGCACCACCUAAACGUCGUCAAGCAUGUCCGAAAACAACUGAUACAACUCAUAAUACAAGAAAUGAGACUGCUAAACGACCAUCAAGUGCCAGUAGUACAAGUAGUAAUUCGCGUUGUGCAACAACAAAUCAAAGAUCACGUGCUAAUUCAUCAUCUGCAACGAUGAUGUCCAAUCGACAAGCAUCACGUUCGUCAGCGAAACCUAAACCAACUAAAACAAUAAAUAAUACAAAUUCAACUAAACAAACAGCUCCUAUUUCUACUCAAAGUAAUUUAUUAGGUAAAGUUGAUCUCGACGAUGAAGAUGAUUUAUUAACAAAAUAUCAAUCGAAGCAAAAUCCGGUCGCACACAAUGAUAAUGAUGACGAAUUUACAACUUCGAUGAAUAAAUUCAAUUCUAAUAUACAAACAAUGAUUGAAUCGAAAUGGAAUGCAUAUAAAACAUCGUUUCAACAUAAUGAAGAAGAACAAGUUGAUGACGAUGAUGACGAACAUUUAUAUUCUACUAGUCGUCAACGUACAUCGAGUCGUAGUAGUGUUAUUCAAUCAAAAGUUUCAUCAGUUCAACCUAAAAAAGAUUUAGAUGAGUUUGAAAAACUAGAACAGUAUGCCGAAGAACAUCCAUCAAUGAUCAGUACAGCAUCUUUUGUUGAUAAAGUAGUUUUUAAUGAUGAUCAAAAUUCUAAAACAGUAGAUGUAUUCGUUAAUCGUUUAAUUCAUUAUCAUAAAGAAGAUCAUGAUGAUGAACCACAUGAUUUAUCAACAACUACAAAUCGUAUUCGACAACGAAAAAUUAUUCCAUUUAAGCAGAAAGUUGAAACUCGCAUUGAACAAAGAACAGCACCCACGACUACCAUAUCAAGCGAUCGUGAAGAUGACGACGAUGAUGAUGACGACGAAGAUCAUAAAUGGGAUGAUGUUGAAGUAGCUAAAGUCAUACCUAUUGUUGCCGAUGAAUAUAAUAGUGAUAGCGGUAUUAGUUCAUUUAAAACUGAUUUUCCUCGACAAUCACAUUAUCAACCAAAGAAAGAUUCAGCACGUUCAUCUGAUUUUGGUGAUGAUCAAUCAUGGGCUGAUCGUGUCAAUCCUGCACCACUCAAUACAUUAAUGCUCAAUACAUUUCCAGGUUUACGACAUACGGUGCCAACGCCAGCAUCAACUCUUCCUCCUCCUCUUCCACCACCGCCACCAGCAUCUGCCUCUGAACAUAAUCAAGAUUAUAGUCGUUUAGUGCGUGAAAAAGCGAAAGAAUUAGAGAAACAAAUUGAAUUAUUUGAAAAAGAAAAUGCUAAAUUGCAAUCGCUGUGUAAUGAACGUAAUUUAGCUAUAAAAAAAUUAAAACAAGAUCGUGAUGAAUUCGAAAAAACGAAACAAAAAGAAACCGAAGCAUUCAAUCAAAUGAAAGAAGAGGAAAUGAAAAGGCUAAAACAUGAAAAACGUCUAUUCGAACAACAUCGACAACAACUACGUGAUCAUCCGGAUAAACGUGAACGAGAAGAAAUUGAAUUAUUAAAAAAACAAGUUUCAACUUUACAAGAAGAUUUAAAACAACGUGAAACACGUUGGUCAACAACAGUCAAUCGUUUAAAAGAACGUAUUGAAACGUUGGAAUAUGAAAAUGCUGAAGUGAAACAAGAAAAAGACAUUAUUGAACGUAAACGACUCGAACUUAUGCAUCAGCUACAAACAAUGUCUAAACAAUCAUCUGCAUCACAACAACAACAACAACAACUGCUACUAAACGACGAUUCGUUAUCGACAACGAGAAAAUCUCUUGUUGAACUUCAACAAACUAAACAACGUCCAAAAAGUACCGUACCAACAGCAACAUCAAAAACUCAAUCAUUACCGAAAACUAUGGUUGUAAGAAAUUCUGAACCACCUACUAAGCCAAAAGUAACAUCAAAUGGUCGACGAACACCAACAGCCAUCAUUGGUGUGAACGGAAUAAAAAAUAAUGUUGAUACAUCAAGAAAAUUAUCGUCAUUACCAACAACAAAACGUCCACCAUCAACGAGUGACUUAACCGGAACAAUAGAAUCAAUGCCAAUACCAACAAUUAUUGAACCACCUAUUGUUAUAUCAGAAAGAGCUGAUUCAGGAAAUGGUGGAAGUGAUGAAGAUAGUAAUCGAUUUGAUCGAAAACAUAAUGAACAUAUAUCACCACCUUUAUCAUCUAUUAUCAAUUGUGAUUAUCAAAAAGCGUUCAUGGAUAAUGAUGAAACAAAUUAUUCAACUGCACUUGAUUAUAAAUCAUUAUUAACCAUGGCUACACGUACAACAUCAUCAGCGGCAACACUUCUUCAACGACAUCAAGAAACCUUAUCAUUUCUUGAUCAACCAACAAUAAAACGGCAACCAUUAUCAAUAACAAAUAAUGAUUCUAUCAUUCCAACAUCUCAUAUGAGUAUGCCAUCAACAACUAAAAGUAUAACUUUUAAAGAAAAUCUAUCGAUGACAACCAAUAACGCAGUCCUUGAAGAAGUUCGUCAUAAUGAUGGACGUGUUGAACGUAUUAAAUCGGAUUUAUCGAAACAAAUCGUAUUUCCGAAUGGAUCAAAACAAGAAAUAAGCGCAGACGGAAAACAAAUACGCGUUCAAUUUUAUAAUGGUGAUUAUAAAGAAAAACUAUCCGAUGGUCGUUGUAUAUAUAAAUAUGCAAGUACAAACACAACUGAAACUGAAUAUCCAGAUGGUACACAUAUAUAUGAAUUUCCAAAUGGACAGAUCGAAAAACAUUUACCUGACGGACGACAAGAACAUAUUUUACCUGAUAAGACCAAAAAUAUUUAUUUAACGGACGGUACAAUUAUAUCAAUAAAAACGAAUGGAGAGAAAUUUAUUCAACAUCCAAAUCAAACAAAAGAAGUUCACACAGAUACCUAUAAAAGAAAACUGUUUCCAAAUGGUUCGAUUUUAACAGUAUUCAAUACGGGUGAACAAGAAAUACGUUAUGCAAAUGGAAAAAUCAAAAUCAAAGAUGCUCAAGGCAAUAUUAUUAUAGAAAAAAAGACUCCGACGAAUAAGAAUAAUAAAUAG